AUGUCGAGCUCAGUUCCUUACUUCGAAGAUGAGGAAGACACCGCCAAGGGUUUUGCUGACUCUCCUGAGUUUGAGAGAUUGAAGGAUGACAUUGCCAGCAUGCUGUUCGAGAUAAACGGGCAGAUUAGCACUCUACAACAGUUUAUCUCCACGUUGGAGUCGCUAGUGGCUAAGGGAGAUGUCAAGGCCAAGGUUGUGGACAGGAUAGACAAGAAAUCGGUGAUCAAUAUUCGCAAAGUGGGUUCGUUAAUAAAGGGUGUGAACGAAUUGGUGAUACAGAUUGAUGCGAUAGAAGAGUCAGCUUUGGAUAAACCCGAGCUCAUUGCUCGAGAAAAGAUUAUUCGUGAUGUUCGCUAUUCUGUGCAGGAGUUCCAGAGCAUUCAACGGCAAUAUGCUAGGGUGAUGAAGGAUGUAAAUGCUAAGGCAGAAGCUUCAUUGAAGCAGGAGGAGCAGAAUCGCCAGAACAUUAGUGCCUUGAGACAAGAGGAGGAGGACCGUGGAGCGUCGGAGCGUGAGGAAGGUAUAUCAAGAGUUGUCAAGAUAACUAUCGAACGAGAACCGAUCAAUAACGAAGAAUUCGCUUACCAGGAGAACUUAAUUCGGCAGAGAGCCGAUGAGAUAUCCAAUAUAGAGCAGGGAAUAAUCGAGUUGAACGAAAUAUUCAAAGACUUGGGCGCGGUUGUGGAACAACAGGGCAUAAUGGUUGACAAUAUCGAAGCAAACAUAUAUUCGACAACUGACAAUGCGGCAAUGGCAUCUCGGGAACUAAAUAAAGCGCUAGGAUAUCAAAAAAACGCCAACAAGUGGUGCCUGUAUCUACUGCUAGGCCUUCUCGUGAUCUUUUUCGUACUGCUAUUAAUCGUUUUUAUCUAA